AUGGUCGCAGUUGGUGAUUUCGACAACGAUCAUCGACUGGAUAUCGCCGUCGCAAAUUUUGGUACAAAUAGCAUCUAUAUAUUUCUUAAAUUCCAAAAUGGAACUUUUGUGAAUCAAACAGUUCUAUCAACUGAUUCGUCUCGUCCAGUUUGGAUCCACGUAACUGAUCUCAACAAUGACACAGCAUUAGAUAUUAUCACCGCUAACUAUGGUACACACAGUGUAAGUAUAUUUUAUGGACAUAGAAAUGGAAGCUUUGCAAAACCAAGCACGUACUCUACGGGCUAUGAUUCGUUCCCGUUUGUGGUUGUCAGUGGUGAUUUUAACAACGAUCAACAGCUGGAUCUUGCUAUCGCCAAUUAUGGUACAAACAAUGUUGGUAUACUACUUGGAACUGGUAACAGUACUUUCGCGAAUCAAAUCAAGUUUUCAACCGGUCCUAAUUCCCAUCCAUACUCGCUUGCUGUUGGUCAUUUAAACAACGACACUAUGCUAGAUAUUGCGGUCACCAACAAUGGAAAUAAUAGUGUUGGUGUUUUUCUGGGCCAUGGCAACGGAACUUUUAUGCGACAAGCGACAUAUUCCCUGAACGCUACUUCUCCAUAUUCUAUUGGCAUUGGUGACUUCAAUAAGGACAACCAAAUGGAUUUAGUCGUCACCAAUAAUGGCACUGACAAUAUUGGUGUGUUUCUUGGAUAUGGCAACGGCACCUUUGUAAGCCCAAAAAUGUAUUCAACUGGAUCUUCUUCUUCGAUCUCUGUUGUCAUAGGUGAUUUCAACAGAGAUGAUCGUUUAGAUAUUUUCGUCAUCAAUAAUGACACGAGCAGUAUAGAUAUCUUGCUUGGAUAUGAUGAAUAUUUUCCAAUUCAAACGAAAUAUUCAACUGGCAUCUUCUCGAGCUUUGUAGCUGUCGGUGAUUUUAAUAACGACACCGUAUUGGAUAUCGUUGUCACUAAUUCUGAUGAGAACACUACAAGUGUACUUCUCGGAUAUAGUAAUGGCUCUUUUGCAAGACAAAUGAAAUAUUCCACUGGCACUGACCCGUAUUGUGUAGCUGUUGGUGAUCUUAAUAACGACACCCAACUGGAUAUGAUUAUCACUAAUCAUGGGAGCCAUAAUGUAAGUGUAUUUCUCGGAUAUGGAAAUGGCUCUUUUGCGAAUCAAACGACAUAUGCUACCGAUGCUUUUCCGUAUGGUUUAGCUGUUAGUGACUUUAACAACGACACCCGACUGGAUAUCGUCGUCGCUAAUUAUUAUGGCAACACUGUAAGCGUACUUCUCGGUUAUGGCAAUGGCUCUUUUGCAAAUCAAGUGACAUAUCCAGCUGGCUUUUAUCCAGCUUUUAUAGCUAUUGGUGAUUUUAACAACGACACCCUAUUGGACAUCGUCGUUACUAAUCCUGAUAACAACACUGUAAGUGUAUUUCUAGGAUAUGGCAACGGUUCUUUUGCAAAUCGAGUAGAAUAUUCAACUGGCACUUAUCCAGUAUUUGUAGUGGUGGCUGAUUUUAACAAUGAUACCUAUUUAGAUAUCGUCGUCACUAAUUAUUAUGACAAUACGAUAAGUGUACUUCUCGGAUAUGGUAAUGGCUCUUUUGCAAUGCAAAUGACAUAUUCAACUGGCGACGGGCCAAUUGGUUUAGCUAUUGGCGAUUUAAAUAACGACACCCGACUAGAUAUUGUUGCGAGUAGUGCUGGAAAUAAUACCAUAGGUGUCCUUCUCGGAUAUGGUAAUGGUUCUUUUGCAAGUCAAAAGACAUAUUUAACCGGUGCUUAUCCAUACAGUUUAGCUGUUGGUGAUUUUAACAACGAUACCAGACCGGAUAUCGUCGUCACUAAUUUUCUUGGUAACACUGUUAGUGUUCUGCUCCGUUAUGACAGAGGAGCUAUGAAAAACGAAAUUACAUUUACGCCCAGUGCUGGUGCUCACUUGGCAUUCGUUGCCGUUUCUGAUUUCAAUAACGAUAGUCUAUUGGAUAUCGUCGUUGCUAAUUAUGGUAGUAAUAAUCUAGGUGUCAUUCUCGGAUAUGAAAAUGGCACAUUUGGAAACGAAAUGAUAUUCUCAACGGGAUUAGAAUCUCAUCCUUACUUAAUUGCAAUUAAUGACUUUAAUAGAGACGGUCAAGUGGAUAUUGCAGUGGUCAAUCGUGGUACUAAAAGUCUUAGUACAUUUCUGGGAAAGGGGAAUGGAACGUUUGAAAGUCAAGCAAAUUAUAGCACUGGUUUCGAUUUUGCUCCAUUGGCUGUUGGUGUUGAUGAUUUCAAUAGUGAUGGGCGUUCGGAAAUUGUUGUUGCAUAUGAUGAUACUGAUAAUUUGGAUGUGUUUGUUAUAUAUGACAUUGGAGAUUUUUCUCAUCGAACGGCAUAUUCAACUGAUAGUUGGCCAACUUGUGUAGCUUUUGGUGAUUUUAAUAACGAUACUCGACUGGAUAUGGUUGUCACUACUGCAUAUUUCAAUAAUGUAGCUUUAUAUCUUGGAUAUGGUAAUGGCUCUUUUUCAAAUCAAAUGACAUAUUUAGCUGGCAAUAAUCCACAAUAUGUAGCUGUUGGUGAUUUUAACAACGAUACCCGAUCGGAUAUCGUCGUCGCUAAUUAUUUGGACAGCACUGUAAGUAUCCUUCUCGGAUAUGGAAAUGGCUCUUUUUCAAAUCAGACGACAUAUUCAACUGGCUCUUUCCCAGAGUCUGUAGCUAUUGGUGACUUUAAUAACGAUGGCCGACUAGAUAUCGUCGUUGCUAAUCUUGAUAGAAAUUCUGUAAGUGUACUUCUAGGAUAUGGCAAUGGCUCUUUUGCAAGUCAAGCGAAUUAUUCAACUGGCUCUCGGUCAUUCUCUGUAGCUGUUGGUGAUUUUAAUAACGACACCCGACUGGACAUCGUGGUCGCUAAUUUUGAUACCGAUUCCAUAAGUGUACUUCUAGGAUAUGGCAAUGGCUCUUUUGCAAGACAAGGAGAAUACUCCACUGGCACUGAACCAUAUUGUGUAGCUGUCGGUGAUGUUAACAACGACAAUCGACUGGAUAUCGUCGUCACUAAUGGUGAUGACAACACUGUAAGUGUGCUUCUCGGAUAUGGUAAUGGUUCUUUUGCAAGUCAGACGACAUAUUCAAUCGGUAACUGGCCACUCAAAGUAGUAGUUGGUGAUUUAAAUAAUGAUACUCGACUGGACAUUGUUACCAGUAAUUAUGAUGACCACACUGUAAGUGUACUUCUAGGAUAUGGUAAUGGCUUUUUUGCAAAUCAAUCGACAUAUUCAAUUGGCACUACUCCAUUCCAUGUAGCUCUUGGUGAUUUGAAUAAUGACGGUCGACUGGAUAUCGUCUCCUCUAAUUACAACGACAAAAGUGUAAGUGUACUGCUAGGAUAUGUCAAGCAAGCUUUUGUAAAACAAACGACGCUCAUAACUGGCAAUGGAUCUCG